AUGGUUUCCUCUCUUCCACGCACAACACCGCCUAUCCGUCUGAGAAUAGUACUCGAUCCCCAAAGCCAGUGUGUUUUCCACCGAUGGAACAGGCUAGCAAAAGCCCGGGUCCACGCCGCAGAGCGAGACACAAAGGGCUGGAGUAAGCGCCACCUUCCUCGGCCCGAGGCAGCUUGUGGAAGGCAGUCCCCACGGCGUGACGCGCUUACCGCGAAAUUCCUUUUGCAGCCAUAUGCACUCGUGUGGAGUGCGAGCACAGUUGGGCCGAAACCAGGCGGCGGGCGAUGCGCCCGGGAGGACCGCGCGCGGUUCACAAGGGCUGUAGGACAACGCGGCGACCCUGGUUGGCGGAAACCGAGCAUCCGCGAAGUGUGCAGUGCCAGCGGAUGCACGACCAGCGCGCAGAUGCUGCCCGCCCGAGCAAGGAGGCUGCGCGCCGCCCAGCACCUGCCCGCGUCCUCCCGGGGGCUCAGCUGGGGCCACAGCUGCCGCACCCGCACCCUCGGGGCUGGAGGUGGAGCGGAUCACUCGUCCGGGCGGUGGCAGGGGGCUGUCUCUUGGGGUUCGCCAGGGCCGCAGCGAGCGGAGUUGCAUUGUGGGAAGGGCGCAGCGUGAGGGUAGCCCAGCGUCCCUGAGGCGGUGGCGGUCUAUGGGACGCAGGGACACCUUUGGAAACCUGGUGUCGCGAGCCCAGCGGGUUAAACCGCUUCCCCUCUCCCACCUCGACAACUGCAGUCCUAGAGCAGCGCUGGGGACCCCCUUGGGGCUCUGGGUGUGACAAUGACCCAAGGGGUCUACGCCAAUGGCCCUGAUGCCCCAGCCACGUGACUCUACCCUUGAUGGGCCGGGGAACGGGGACAGGGUGCAGGCCGCAUCAGUCUCGGGUUCCUCUUCCUGCCCCCUCUUUGUCUGAGGUGCAGCCCCUUAACUGAAUAGGCUCUGGCUGGCACAGUCGCUUCUCCUUAAAAUGGCGACAGGAAAUCCCACCUGCGAGCCAGCCAAUGAGCCCACCACCGCCACAGAGUCUGCAGGAUGGAAGCCCGAGCCCCUCUCACGCAGAUCCAUCCUGUUACGGGUCUGGUCGGAGAUUCCCCAGUUUGACCAUUAAUAAAUUUUAGCAAAUAA